UUGAAUUAUUUAGCUUUGAAUGGUAAUGUUAUAAUUUAUUAGAAAAUUGUGAUGUUUUUUUUUCUAAUUUUAGAUGGAUGGAGACAAGUUUCAAGGUCUAACCCUGUUUGCAAGCUCACUAGUGUUAACAGUAUUGUUCGCAUUCAGAGACAAUCUUCUCCUACAUCUAAUAUUGGUAAAAAAAGACAACUUUUUAGAGCAAACUCUAAUCAUGCACCACCUACCAUUACUGAUGCUCCAUCACUAUCUUCUCCUCCUCUAUCAAUUAUCGAGGAAAGCAGGCAAUCUUUAAGAACUAACAUUGAAAAUGAUCUAGUUGGUGUCAGUAAUGCUCCUUCAUUAUCUUCACCUGCUUCAAAUGUUGUUGAGGAACGAAGACGAUCUUUGAGGGCUCACAUUGAUAAUGAGUCAUUUGGUGCUAUUAAUGAUCGCUCACAAUCUUCGCUUCCUCCAACUUCUGCUAGUGGAGUCAAUAAUCAGUCUGAUAGAAAUCCUUGUCAACCUGAGAUUGAGACAAGUGGAAGAAGUUCAAUGAAUUUUGGAGGACGUUUGGCUAGUGGUAGGGGAUUAUACAAAGGCAUUGAUCUUGAUAAGUUGACAAAUGGAAAGAAAGACAAGUUGAUUAUCUUCAUACCGCCAGGAAAAUAUUUUUAACCAAUUGGUGAACAUGAAAGAAAGUUGGCAUCAUGGUUAGGAUAUUGUGCAAGAUCUUGUGGUCCACCUAAGGAGCCUUGGAAUGCUAUUGAAGCUCAAUAUCGUACUCUUUUAUGGAGUAUGAUUCAGGAUUACUUUGAUGUAAGUCCUGAGAGUCCAGAAAAAUGGAAGAAGCUUGAGGAAAUGCAAAAGGUGAAGCCUGACACGGCUGAGAUAAAAAAAGCUAAGUUUGAAUUCUAUUAUUUCUAUGAGAUGAAAAUAUUAUAUCACAAAUGGAAAUGCAAGCUACACCUUAAGUAUUUGAAGUACUGAAGUGAUGAUGAACGACUGCAACAUGUUCCUGAAGGAUUGACUGUGGAUACUUGGAAGGAAAUGUUCAAAGUUUUUGCUAAUGAGGACUUUCAGGCCUUAUGUUCCACCAAUACAAAUAAUCGUGCUAGUCAAAGAAUUAUUGCUUCAACUGGUCCCACUCCAUUUGCGCAAGUAGAGUAUGAUAUGAUGGAUGAGGAGAUUGGUGAAGUACCGUAUGCUUCUGAAGUCUGGAUGGCUACAUAUGGGUUCUUGGAUGAGCAAGGCCAAACACAAUGGCAUGAUUCAGAAUCAUCAAGGAUAUAUGAAGAGAUGCAAAGGAUUGAGAAACAACCAACAAAUGAUAAUGAGACUGGUCCUACUCCCGAUGAUGUCUUAAAAGAGGUGUUUGGCGUUAGUUCUGGCUAUGUCCGUGGUAAAGGAUUAGGAUACAAAGCAAGCACUAGAGGAAUGGCAUGUGGUUCUAGAAAUGAGGAAUUAAAUGAAUUGAGAGAUGAGGUAGCAAGGUUGAAUGCUCGUUUGAAGGAGCAAGAACAACGCAAUAAUGAGAUAGCACAACUAAAUGCUCGACUCAAGGAACAAGAAGAACGCAAUUUGGAGUUUUUUUAAAAAGAUUUGAGAGUGUGAUAGGAUAGAAAUCAUUAG